AUGAUAGACCAUGCGGCCCACGAUGUCGAUUGUUCCAACCAAAUGGCCGACGUCACCGCCAUCCCCGGACCGAAGUUCACAUACAAGGUCCCCACAGAUCAUGAUACAGUAACUGAGACAGAAAGGAACACAAGUCCCAAGCCAGAUCACCCAUCCGAGCAUGCAAGCCAAGAAACUGCUUCCGGGAGUGGAGGGAACACCGGGAGUGGAGAGAACACCGGGAAUGGGUCGGAAGUUGCAAAGACCAGAAACGAGAAUGUUGAGCUUGACGUCCCUGAAAAUCAACCCGCCAAUAUUCAAGCGCAACCCACAACCUGCGUCGACAUCGACAUCGACAUCGACCAAGGCGGCACGGGAGAAGACAUAGUAUCAGUGGAAAUAGCAGCAGCAGCAGCAGCAGUAAUAGCAAUAGAUCAGACGGGUAUGAUAAUCGAGGAAGAAGAUACGCGGCAACACAAGGAUCUCACGAUCGCUCCAGGACUUGGUCAGUUUCGGGGAGACGCGAUGGGGCCACUUCCGAACGACAGUCCUCGCGCGAGAGACGAGGUCCACGAUUUACGCAGUAUGAUCAGGCUCAAAAGGGUGAUUCUCCUCACAAACGCCGUGAUCAUCGCCAUUCUAGUUUUCAUCAUCGCCGCGACCUACAUUCUGGCACAAGAAGCGACGGGUGUCGAUCAGCAGAAAGCAAAGCGACAGGGUCUCCAAAUUAUGAUGAUAUGA